CGGAAGAGGGGGAGAACCUGGAGGUCUUUCGCCCGGCUCUUCACGAAAAAAAAGCCCACCUGCUCUCAAGUUGUAGCGCGGAGCAUCAGUCCGGCAGCCGGCUACGGAGCGGGGACGUCCUUCCACCUACGCCUUCGUCUCCCCUCCUGCGGCGGAGAGCGAAAGCGAAAGCCGGGUGUGGCUCCGCCCCGCUUGCUGCAGCUGGAGGGAACCGUCGAAGCUUCACAGGCUGCGGGCUGGGCGGCUCCAGAUCCGCGCUCCGGAUCUCCUCCUCCCCCCCCCCCCACUGGUCUUUCCCUUUGGCCUGCGAGAGGAUCGUCGCGGCAAGAAAGCGGAUCGCCCUCCCUUGAGCCAGCCUGGACAUGUGGAUGUUAUGCGUGUGGUGGGUGCUGCUGGGCACUCUGGGCACCGGUUCAGCCCAGCUGUUCUUUGAGAGUGUCCCAUUUCUUGAAAUAAACUACUGCAAUGGACCCCAUGUCAUCCUCCCUUGUGUGGUAACUAAUCUGAAAGACCAUGACAAAAAUUCAAUGUUUCUGUCAUGGCAAUAUCAAGGAAAUCAUUUUUUCACUUAUGAUGGAGCUUCGGGUAACAUUACCAAAAACAGUAGUUUCGAUACUGCAACUUUUCUCAACCGCUCGAUGGUACCCUAUGGCAUUGCUUCACUUAAUAUAUCAACAAACCAGGCUGCUCUUGGAAAUUAUACUUGUGAAGUAGUAGAAGGAAACAGAGAAGGAAAAACAAGAGUUGAACUGAUAACGAGUUCACCCUUCCUAAAUAAGUCAUCAGAAAUCGAACCUUGGUUUCAGCCUAUGGAGCGGUACUCUAUCAUUUCCAUCAUAAUAGUGAUUGUUAUUUUGUACUGGUGCCAGUUCGCUACAGUAGCUACAAAGUUUGACAUCCCAUUAAAAAAGAAAAUUGGCUUAAGUGUUACAGGAGUAUUACUAUCACUUUUUUCUGUGAUUGGUGCCAUUUUUUAUGCCAAAGAUGGAUAUACAACAUUGACUAAAACUGGUAUUGGCCUCAUUGUCAUCCCUGCAAUCAUCGUAGUGCCUCUUUUAUACUUCCUGUUCACAUCAGUUUUUGAGAAGCAACCACUUUUUGCAGUUAUUUUGCUAGCUCUGAAAGCACUUGGAUAUGUAAUUGCUGUGGCUGGAUUUGCUUUGUGCGUGACAGCAUGCCAGCCGACAAAAGGAGCUGUUCUGAUUGCAGGCUUAGCAAUUAUUAGUGCUGUAGCAGCAAUUGGCUUAAUUUACAUUAUUAUUAUUGGUUGCAACUUGAAAGAUCAUCAGCCUCCAAGGAAAGCUGUUGAAGACUCACUUAAUGAUGCAAAAGGAGUAAUGUUAGAAUGAUGAUGCACUGGUUAUACGGUAAUUGAAUCCAAUUAUGGACAUGGAAACAAGUGGAGAGAGACUUUUGUUGAUACACCGUGGCCUUGAAGAUGCACUACUCAAAGAGAAAUAAAAUCAGGAAAUUAGUUGUUUUGCAUGUUUGGAAAAGUGCUGUAAUGGCUCACCUGAUGUAACUUUAUAGUCACAGCAGCUGUAGUAAUUUUAAAAGAGAAGUAAGUGUAUGCACGUGAGGUUCCCCCCUUUCCCUUCCUUACAGAUGGAUGAGAGCAAAAACCACAACACUCUUGGUCCACUUUCUCUUUAGUGCUGCACUUCUCAGAGGAUCUUGAAAAUGCUGUUUUGCAUAGAGACCAAACAUCACGAGGGACUACUUUUGGACAUCACAAUCUUGAUACAUUGGCUGUCGUCACCUCUGGGCCAGGGUUUUUGUUUGUUUGUUUCAGUUUUGCUAAAGUGGGGAUUGCUCAAAGGUUCUCCUUUCCUUCCAGAAAAAUGUAUGUAUGUAUUUAUUUGCCAAUCCUCUCGCCCACACCUUAAAAAGUGAUGAACUCUAGCCCCACUUUUUAAAAAAAAGUUUAGCCAAGCCAGCACUGGAAUGUUUGAAAGUAUCUCAAGGUCACAGAAGAGAUUUCUAGGAGACCACUUAAACGAAUAUUUGUAAUGCAUGAUAGAUUGUAUGAUUUUCUUUCUUGAAUUUUUGUUCACUGUUCUCUAAAAACAACUGCUUUCUCAAUCUAUACUGUCAUGUGAAAAAGUAAGUACACCCCAUGUAAAGUUUUCUCUAAGAUAUAUAUAUAUGGAAAUAUCAAUAUUUUUCUUAUUUAAAUAAUAUAUAAAGGUGACUUAAAUGAACUUUAAAAAGAAAAAAAAUGAUUUUGCAACCAUUUUUUCACCAGAAAAUUAAAAGAUAUGCCAUUUUCUUCUAUGAAAAAGAUUAUGUACAUCUGUGGCUCUAAUACUGCACCUGGUAGAGCCCU